GUUCAAUAAAAGUUUGCUGGUUAGUGCUGAGUUAACAUUUGACAGACGGUCAGUGGCUGCUCCCAAGAUUCUGCAGUCUGUGGAGUCACUCACUUGAUCUUUCCACUCCAGGCUGUUAGCAUGACACCCAUGGUACAUCUGUUGUUGCUGCCUCUCCUGCUCAGCAUUGCUGCUGGGAAGGACCUGGAAGAGAAAAAGGGUCCACUUGUAAAUCUCAUGUUGGAUGUGGCGGAGUGGAGUCCAGUGCCAUAUCCCAUGUACCAGUUCCAGGUGAAGCAUCCAGGUGUGACUGAUUUCAGACUGAGUGGAGAAGGUCGGGAAGACAUUAAGAUUUCAAAGGAUGGCUGGCUGUACCUGGAGACGCCGCUGGACUGGUCCACACAGGACCAUUACAUCCUGACGGUGGAGGCGCUGGAGGGUGACGUGGUGGUGGAAGGACCAGCGUUUGUCACCAUCAACGUAUUGGACGUCAAUAACCACGCUCCACAGUUCAGCCAGGGUCUCUACACAGCAGUGGUUAGAGAAAACAAUGCAGCAGGUGUUGCAUUCACCAGUGUGUCUGCGUCUGACGGCGACGACCCAAAGACUCCAAACGCUCAGCUGGUCUACAGCCUGGUCAGCCAGCUCCCCAACAAGGAAAACAUCAACCUGUUCCAGAUCGACCCCGUCAGCGGAGAGAUCUCCACCACAGAAGAAGGUCAAAAGUUGCUGAAGUCCAGAGAGGGCAUCCACUACAGCAGAGGAGAGGACAGGAGCACCGAAACCCUGAAGACAAAGUUCACUGACUACUGUCCUGUCCAGAAGGUCCCGUAUGAAGAAAACCCUUUCUUCACCUGUGUGGAAAACGCAGAGAAGAGGCGACGGGUGAUUGACCCCGUGAACGACCCCGACUACACCCUGUAUGUGCGUGUGCAGGACCAGAGCGGCGCGUCAGACACGGCUCUGAGUGGGAACUCCAUAGUUCAUGUUGUUGUUCAGCAGAACCUGUGGCGGAACCCUGGACCAAUAAUUAUAACUGAAAACCUGGAGGAAGAAUAUCCUCUCAAAAUCGCAGAGGUCCAGUCCAACGACCCUGACGCUAUUUACAGCCUAGGGCAGAAGGAGAGAGAACUUUCUCUAUUCCCCUUCCAGAUAACAGAAGAUGGAAAAAUAUUUGUGACCGAGCCACUGAACAGAGAGGACAAGGACAUGUACAUCCUGGUGGUGUUCGCAAAGGACGUCAAUAACAAGGAGGUGGAUCCACCCAUGGAGAUUCACGUCUCUGUGGAGGAUGUGAACGACAACGCACCAGUGUGUGCAGAAGAGGAGACAGUGUUUGAAGUGCAGGAGAACGAGCCAGCAGGCAGCCUAAUUGGACAAGUGUUGGCCUAUGAUGACGACCAAGAGGGAACCGUGAAUUCUAAGCUGAUCUUCACCUUCUCCUCCUCGAUGCCACCGCCCAGCAUCUUCUCCAUCGACGCUGUCACUGGAAAUAUCAAUGCUCUGCGCUCCCUUCAGAGAAAGGAUCAGCAGAUUUAUACUCUCAAUGUCCAAGUCAGCGACCCAGGUUUUAAUGUUGUCUGUAAAGUCGUGAUCAAGGUCAUUGAUGUCAACAAUGAGCUGCCGCUGUUUGAGAAGAAUGAUUAUGGCAGUCACUCCCUGGCGGAGGACACUCCUGUUGGACACACAGUGGUUACCAUGAAGGCCACAGAUGACGAUGAACCAGAAAGCGGCAGCUCUGUGAUCGAAUUCCACAUUUCUGCAGGCAACGAUGACGAGCUUUUCACGGUGGAGACGGACGGAAAAGGGGUCGGACACCUGGUCAUCGCCAAGCCUCUGGACUUUGAGACCUCUCCAAACUACAGACUCCAGAUCGAUGCCCGUAACCCGGAACCCUUGAUGAAGGGUCUCGAGUACGGCAGCGAGUCCACCAUGUUUGUCAACAUUUCCGUCGACGAUGUAAACGAGUUCCCAGAGUUCAACCUGGACAUCAUGGAGUUGGUUGUCCUGGAAAACACCACCAAGGGAUCGGUGCUGCUCACCGUGGACGCCAAGGACCCGGAGGGCAAGGAGAUCAGAUUCAAGCUGGACGGUGACUCUCGCGGCUGGCUGGAGAUCGAUGCCGCCACAGGAGAGAUCAGGACCAAGGACAAGCUUGACAGAGAGGCCCUGGAAAGUUUUGAAGUCACCCUGACUGCGUUUGAGAAGGAAAACCCAGAGAUGUCCUCUGAACAUGUCCUGCCUGUGAGGGUGCUGGACGUCAACGACAACUACCCCAGACUGGUAGAGACGCAGGCUUUCAUCUGCGCAGGCAAGCCUGAGCCUAUCAUCAUCACCGCCAAAGAUGAAGACAGCGCCCCCUUCUCCCAGCCAUUCACCUUCACCUUACCCAAGAAGUCACCCAACUGGGAUCUGAAGAAUGUUGACGGAACUUCUGCCAAACUAAGCUUGAAGAAAACACUAACCCAGGACAGAACCUUCAUGCUCUCCAUCGACAUUAAAGACAACGCAGGAAUGGGAAUCCCACAGCCGCUGGAGGUGAGAGUAUGUAACUGCACAGAGCUGGGCUACUGCUACGUCGCUCCAGAAGGGCGUUCCUUCUCAUAUGGUCUUGGACCAACCAUUGGGAUCCUGGCUGGAAUUAUAGUAUUCUGCGCUGUCGUCUUCAUCGUUGUCAUCAAACGUAAAAACAAAGGCAAGGAAACUGGCACUGAUGAGGAAGAGAGGCUGAAGAAGUAGACCCCCCCACCCACCACACACACACACACACACACACACACACACACAUGCAUAUAUUAACUUUAGCGUAUUUUUUUUAUUGACCUUGGAGUUGAAUUUGUUUGACGGCUGCACCUGUGAAUACUUAAAAGCCUUGUGAUAAUCAUCGACUAAUGCGCCUUCUCCAUUUAAUUUAUUAAGAAGUCACUCCCAGACUCUGCCUGUUUCAUUAGCUCUGUCGUCCACUCACAUCAGUCACUUAAUUUUUGGCGCUGACUGCGAGCCGUUGAUUUUCCGAUGCGCGAGAAAGCUAACCACGAAAUAUUGUUGGACAAACACAGUCAUCACAGCCUUGUGUUUGUAAUGAACAACAACCGACGUGUUAAAACUCUGUUUAUUAAUAAACAAACUGGGACGAA